GCCCUUAUCUGCAGUGAAGUAAGGGGGAGCCAUCCCAUGAGACCCUGAAAGCCCAGCAGUGAAUUACAUGGCUGGUAGAAAGAAAAAUUAACUUCAUUUAUAGUUACAGUUUUUACUUUGUUCCACAGGUUAGCUCCACCAAAGAGGCAAAUCUACCAGAUAAAAUUCACAAUGGUGGUUUAGGCAAAGCUGGUACUUAAAAAUGGUUUAAAAUAUACACAAAUUUCUUUGAGCAAAUCCCCCUCCCCCAAGACAGGGUUUCUCUGUACAACAGUCAUGGCUGUCUUGGAACUUACUCUGUACCAGACUGGCCUUGAACUCACCAAGAGUCUCCUGCCUCUGCCUUCUGAGUGCUGAGAUUAAAGGUAUAUGCCACCACUGCCUGGCUCUCUGAGUAGAUCUUGAGACGUCCAGAUAGGGCUGCAGACUCUGGAGACAGCACUGUGGAGAGGAUGGCAGCAUGCAGGGAGACGGGUGAAGGUGGCAUUAGAACUCUGAGCCAUCACCCCAGGACGCUACUACACUAAAGAGAAAUUACACUCUUAUGAAAGAACGUUUAAGUUUGAUUUUAAUUAGCAAAAACAAUCUUCCCUUUCAAAACAAAGGAAAAACAAAACAUAACUCUUAAAAGUCGCUUUUGCUUAAGAACCUUGUCUUUUACACUCUAAAAGUAUGAUGAGCAAAGCCAGCUUUCUUGAAUACUGCUAUAUAAUACCAUUCUGUUCCCCACACCCUGGGUGGGUGCGGUGUCUACUAAGAUGUUCCAGAAACUCUGCACAUGCUCAUUAUCGGUUCCUCCUGGGCCCUUGUUCUGCACCAGGCUUCUGGGAGGCUCUGUGGGUAUAGGAGUGAGCAACGAGACUCUGCCUGCCAUCCAGAAUCUUUGCUGCUUCUCAGGUACAGCACAUCCUGUACAAAUGAAGGAAGUAGUCCCGUGUGGUGGGGAGAGAGCCACUGUUCCUGGGAUAGGCUCGUGCAGCUGCCUGGAGAACCCUGUCUUCUCCGAGAAAGAGGGUCAGCUGAAAGUGUGGGGUGUCUAGGAAGUUGGCAGUGGAGUGAGAGCCAGUGACUCUGCAGGGAUGCCAGCAGGUGUGUGGGUACAGGUGUGUACAGUGAGUGUCUAGCAUGGGGAAAGAGGGAGCAGAAGUCCUGAUGGGGCGUCAGGACAGCAGGGAGGGCCUUGUCAGUGUGAUAAGAAGGCAGGGCUUUGCCUUUUCAGUAGGCUGGGAGGGCCGGGAGGCAGAGUGUGGAGUGAUGGCGUGAGCGGGGGUUGGGAUUCGGGUGAUAUACCAGAGUGGAGCCAGGUGGGUAUGCCAGAUGGGAACAGCGGAGUAACAGGAACCCAAACGCACAGGUUGAGUUUCUACUUCAAACCAAAAGGGGCUUGAGCCACUUGGUGCGGCAGCUUGAGCAUAGAGACAAGCUGAGCCACUGCUAGUUCUGAAGAUGCAGAAGUGACAGUCUGUAGCUCCAUUCCCUUCAAAGUCGCCACAGCAGACACAAAUGUUUUCGCAAAGAUCUAAAACCUCUGGAGACCCUUUCCCAUGCGGCUCGCGCAGUGGAGGCAUCUGUCUCGGACGAAAGGUCUCUCGUUUCCAUCGGGUAGACAGUCUACUGCAAAGAUGGUCAACAUACCCAAAACCCGAAGGACUUUCUGUAAGAAAUGUGGCAAGCAUCAGCUUCAUAAAGUGACCCAGUAUAAGAAGCACAAGGAUUCCCUGUACGCCCAAGGGGAGCGGCGCUACGAUUGGAAGCAGAGCGGUUACGGCGGGCAGACAAAGCCAGUUUUCCGAAAUAAGGCCAAAACCACAAAGAAGAUCAUGCUCAGGCUUGAGUGUGUGGAGCCCAACUGCAGGUCCAAGAGGAUGCUGGCCAUUAAGAGAUGCAAGCAUUUUGAAUUGGGAGGAGACAAGAAGAGAAAGGGCCAAGUGAUCCAGUUCUAAAACUUGUGUUUCCUGAGAGGAAAAUGCUGAAACAGUAGGAAAAUUACCUGUUAGAAAAUAAAGUUAUUAUUAUUGGUACCUAAAAAUAAUAAUAAUAAAAAAAAAACCUCUGGAGAUCAUAGAACAGGAAACAGCAGUUAUACCAGUUUAGAUGACGGACAGCAGGCAGGCGGCUGGCUGUAGAUUCAGUAGGCCAAAGAACGCUGACCCCUGAGCCAGUGGGGAGUGAGCAAGAAGCAGUGUGAUUCCCACCACAAACCACUCAGCUGUGACUAGCCUGCACUCAGCUGACUUCAGGUUCAUGUUGAAUAUUAAUCUAAUCCAAUUGUAUACAGCUGUAUCGGAGAAGUGGGAAGGAUUCCGAGGUGAGAAUUCAGAGGGCCAAAUCCUAAUCUAAUAGCGCUGCACCAUCAAAUGAAGCCUGAGCACAAAACUCCGCAGAACAUACAAGCAUGCUCCUCAGAAGUGGAGAAAGUACCUGAAGAAGCAAAGUGAUGCGAACAUGUGGGAAACAGGAGAGCUAUAGUUUAACAUAAAAUCCCUGUCGGAUUGUUUUCCUAUUUAAACUGGGUGUUCAUGUAUCUGGUAACAGUAAAAGGGAAGAAAUACGGGUUUCGAGCUGAUUUAUAUGCUGUGUGGGAGACGAGCCACCAGCCUCCUGCAGCUACUGAGCGUGUGGAAUGUGGCCAGACUGAGCUAAGAUGUGCUGUGAGCGCAGAGUGAAUGCUACAGUUUAAGUAACGGGGCGGAGCAGUUUAUUAGUAAUCUUUAUGUUACAUGUGAAAAUGGUGUUUUGGAUAUAGUGUCUAGAUAAGCAGUGUUAAACAUGAAUUUCAGAGGCUGGGGCUGUAGCUCAGUUGGUGUAGUGCUAGACUAGCGUGCACGAGGCCCUGCACGCAGUCCCCAGCAGUGCAUUAGCCAAGCGUGGAGGUCAUACAUUUGGGGGGGUAGAAGCGGGGAAAUCACAAGUUCAGGAUCAUCCUUGAAAGUUUAAGGCCAGCCCGGACCACAUGAGAGAUCCUGGCUCAAUUUUUAAAACCUUUUUAAAAGCACAGCUGCCACAAUGCAAAGUAGCAUUUGUGACCUGGGUGGUCUUUCUGUCGGGCAGAACUUGGGCUGUGACUGUCCUUGGCUGAAGACUGAGUGACAUGCCUGUUUCAGCUUUAGUAAGAAAAGUGACACCCAGCACACACAAGUAGCCCUUGUUUUUCAGUGCUUGGCCUGGAGAUGCCAGCAAGCCAGGUCCAGUGCUGCCAGGUUCUGAGAUGAGCUAAACAUGUUUUAAUUUGAAAACUCAGGUAUAGAACAAAGACUUAUUUACUUAGUUGUCAGUGUGGAGUUUGAUAGUUAACUUAAUGAGGGUUUGGUGGCUCUAGGUCCUGAGGGACUGUCAUGCUCCUUUGUGGGCCUGCACCCAGACCAGUGGAUUAUAGCUGCCAGUGGCAUGGUCAGAAUAAAUAAGGUCUUUGUAGGAAGGCCCUGCUACUAAUUGGUGUGUUAAUUUUAGCCGCAAACUAAUCAUGUUCUAGUUAGAAGUUAAAGUCUGGAAUGUGUAGUAAUUUAUGAAAUAAGGGUUGCUAGAAUACAAGUACAGUAUUCAGUGCUGUGUUUGCCAGCAGCGUGCUGAGGCACCAUAGUGGAGGCCUCCUGAGCUGGUCUCCAGUUCCUGGAGAAACACCACUUGUGAAGAGAUGGGGUCUCUCUCUCUCUCUCUCUCUUUCUCUCUCUCUCUCUCUCUCUCUCUCUC